AUGGUGUCCAUUGUGUUGUUGGGUGCACAACUGGAGGUUAGGAAGUCUAGUUUGGUCGAGCGGAAUCCGGCUUGGCCAAGUGAAUUCCACUUGAGUGUGGCCCGAUUGCCUGAAAAGCAGAAAGUUCUGCCUUCUAAUCCCCCCAAAAGGCGCGAUAACAAAUUUGGUGAAAGUGAAUUCGGAUGUACCCUGGCAACGAGCAAAACCGAGCUGGCCGAGGUCCCAACCGUGCGCACGUCAUCCUGGAAGGAGGCGAUCACGUUGAUUAAGGAAAAGGUGAGCACAAACACACAUUACACCCGUUUCGAGGCGACUUCUAGGUUGUACCUUCGGGAAAACCAUAAACCUCAACCGUCUCUUUAUCAUAAGGCCAAUUUUCCAACCUUUUAA